AUGAAAAGCAAAAGAGGGGAUGCAAAUAGAAUAUUUUUAAAAUUUUCCUUCAUUUUGAUCGUAAAAGACUAUUCUACCCUUGGCAUAAAUAAAAAAAUUCCAUCUGUCCAAAACCCUAACCCAAAACCCUUGUUGUCCAAAACCCUGACCCAAAAUCACAUUGGAACAAUCGGUUUCUCAGCUCCUUUAUCCUCCCUCGCAGCAUCUCCUGUCCGUCACUCCGGCGUCCCUCGUCCGUCACUCAUCUCCGUUGUCCGUCGUCUGUCGUUGCUGACCCAGAUCGAGAAGGUGCUGUUGCUGCUGUUUCCUGCCUCCCUCGUCCGUCGCCGCCGUUUCAUUUUCCUCUCUCCAUUUGUUCUGUCAUCUCCGGCGUCACAGUGUCCCCACUCCGGCUUCACGUCUCCAGCGUCACAACAUCACAUCAUCUCUGUCUUCUUUGGAGUUGCUGCUGCUCGCCGACGUCGCAGCAUUGCCGCUCCGGCGUCGCUGCUGCGGCCAUUCAUCAGCUAUUCAGAUAUGAGUGUGAAAAUUUUGCAUUCUACUGCCACCUUGUCCAGCUGUUUGUCACAUCUCAAGGGCUCAAAAUACCAUAAAGUAGAUUGUCCUGCUUUUAAUUAUAGAAACAGAAGAAGAUACAGCGGCCAGAUAUUUUCACAAUCAAUAAGUAAAUCUCUUGCUGCUAAUAGUCAAAUUUACAGUUCUUCUGGCUGUGUGCCCGAAAGUGUAUGUCCUGAAACUUAUUCUGUUCUUCAAUCAAGUGGUCUUCAGCACUGGUUCAAAAACUGGCAAGAACUUAGGAAACAUAAGCUGACAGCAAGCAUUUUUGGUGGUGCUAUUGGAUUUUGGCCUCAACGAAGAGUCCAGCUCUGGUUGGAGAAGCUUGGGGUAAUUGACCCAUUUACUGGUAACCUGGCUACUUGUUGGAGCAACAUCAAAGAAGAGGAAGCACUUGAAAGGUACAAGCUAAUAACAGGAAAUAGUGUAUUAUUUCCUGAAUUUCAGGUCUCUGGAAAGAAGAACCCACAUGAUGACUGGCUUGCAGCUUCGCCAGAUGGGGUUGUUGAGAAGCUUGUUUAUGGUUUGCCUUCACGAGGAGUUCUGGAAAUAAAGUGCCCAUUUUUUGGUGGUGAUAUGAGCAAGGCUUUCCCUUGGUCACGAGUCCCCCUUUAUUGUAUUCCACAAGCUCAAGGUUUGAUGGAAAUUAUGGAUCGAGAUUGGAUGGAUUUCUAUGUUUGGACUCCUAAAGGAAGCAGUUUAUUUAGGUUAUAUCGAGAUGUAGAAUAUUGGGAUGUCCUGAAAAUAGCACUAUCUGACUUUUGGUGGAAGCAUGUGCAGCCGGCGAGGGAGUUGUGUAGUAAAUCUGUGAUCACAGAUCCUUUGACUCAAUUAAGAUCACUAAGACCAGCACCCAGGCACGAACUGUGUAGUUUUCUUUUAGAUGAAAGUAAACGUCUCGCUGAUCGCUCGAAGUUGUUGAUGCGUGAAAUUCAUGGCAAGUUGCUGAACUGAUGCACAUUAGCCAUUUCACCAAUCUGGUUCAGAUGGUAUGUACAGAGUGAUUGCUAUGGAGAAAUGAAGACCUCAAGUUUUUGGAUUCUAUACUUUCUGAUCCAAGGCAAAUUAAACCAUUCCCUUGGUAACUUGGAUAAGUACCGAUGGAUCUGUAAAUAGUUUGUUUAGCCGGAUCAAGUUGGUUUCUACUAUUUGAAAUAUAAAAUAUUCUUUUAGCUGAGAUGAGUUCCUUCCCCUUAAGCAUUGGUUUGUCAGGUAAUGAGGCUUCUCUCAAAGGCAGAUGGGGAAGGACAAUACUAGACUUCCUUAAGGAGAAUGGCCAGUCUCCAGAAUGUUAGCUUGUUACUGGAAAUCUGAAAGUAUGAUUGCACACAGAGAUGGAAAAUGGGAUAGGGAUGAGGUCUGCUGCCAAAAAUACUCUUCGGCCCUCUCACCAAUGGCCAGUCUCAGAUCUCCCAAGUUUUUCAUAGCUUCCACCUCCACUCUGGCUCCAAUUAAAAAAGUAGCAAGCUAAUGUUGAGUAUACCCUUCAACGCUGACUUGUCUGUCUCCAUAGCAUAUUCUGUGGUGACCAUGCAUUUCAAUCUUCUUUCUCUAAGUUGUUUGUCCAAUUGAUUUUAUGAUGUGAACGGUAAAGAUAUAAAGGUAAGGGUUAAUUUCAAGUCUUAAGUCAAUUACUCGUUUAAGGACUAAACAAUUUUAAAAAGAACUUGAGUUAUUUAUUGGGAAUACUUCAACCUAUUUAGAAGAGCUAGAAUUCAAAGUGAAUGAAUUAAAGUCCAAAUUAAUCACAUUGCUCGUUUUCUUGAAAGCCCAAGAUUAGAAUGCAACCUAGGCAUUUCAUGUGUUGUAGCCAGAAAAUUACGACAAUAGAAUUUGUAGGGAGGGAAAGUUGAAGUCGAGACAGAGCAAGGUUGACAGCUGGCAAGAGUUUACUGGUGGAGAUAGGCGUUGGGUAGCUUCGGUUCUUGAUGCAUUGAUCGGGGUCGUAGGUGGAUCUCUUGGGGGCAUCUUCGGUAUCGCUUGGAAUUGGCCUUCCUAUGUGUUCGGGACAUAUCUGCACUCAUAGGCACAAGUUAGAAGGCACGCGGGGAUUCCUCACCCGCAUAUGCCCUUCGAUGCUUAAGUCAGUACCAAUAAGGGAGAAGAGUAAUAGACAACACUAUUAUUGAACAUAAGAUGGUCGUACCUUACCCGAUUAGAGAGGGUUGAUCACGGUACUAUCACAGGGUGUUGGGACAUACCUGCAUGUUAGUAGCAUUCAGACAGGCUUAAGAGGAAUCCCUCCCGGACAGUCUAGGGGGUUCUCUGGGAGAAGGUGGGUCUCAUGGCGGGCUGUCGAAGUAGGGUCUCGGCCCCUAAGGGACCUGCAUGAGCGCAGCUCCGGGCUUAAUGAGAGAUGCGUCAAGGUGAACCUCACUUGACCAUUGUUCCCUUAGAGAACACGUCGUAUUUCCCAAACACCAACAUGCUAUAUCACAUCCUAUAGGGAUAUCACAUGCGAAACCAUAUACACAUUAUAUAUAUCCUCUAACAUUAUAUACAUUGUCUCGUGACUAUGUCCCUGGCCAAAGCCGCAUGCCCACAUAUACAUAUAUACACGUGUACUUUACACAUUACAUAUCAACCUUAACUUAUUAUAUAAUCCCAUCCCACUCUAUAAAACCACAUCUUUGGCCAUCACGUGAGCAUAUACAUACUAUACAUACAUAUAUAUAUACACAUUAUAGUUCCAUGGGAGAAACAGAGAGGGAGAGAGAGAGAGAGAGAAGCCUCUCGGGAAGUCUUCUUCCGGAAAGAAGCUGGCUGCCGCUGAGAGCUCUCAGGAAGAAGCCUUCCUGAGAGAAGCCAUUGCCACCGGGGGAGGGGGGGCUCUUGCCUCGCCGAGAGAAGCUUUCGCCACAGACCGCCUUGUCGAGAGCCACCGAGAAGGCUGCGGCCAUGAUCGAGGGCUUGUUGCAUAGAGAGGAGCUUUCGAGAGGGAAAGAGCUGUAGCGGUGAGGGUCUUAUCGAAAGAGAACCUCGCCAUGGUUACCGAGAGCCAGACUGCUCUCCGAGGGGAGCCGCCGAGGGGUGCUGCUCUCUCUGAGAGAGAAAGCACAAUCGCCGAAAGAGAACAACUCCUCUCUGAGAGGGAGAAAGUUGAUUAUGUCAAGAGAAAGAGAGAGACAAAGAGCUUUUGGGAAUGCUGCUGGGGUCCUGCUGGCUACCAAGGGACGAUGCCCUCUCCAAGAGAAAACAUGGCCGCCUCUUGAAGAGAAAGAAAAAAUCUCUCCGAGAGGGAAGAAGCCUCUCCGAGAGAGGAAGAUUUCUCUCGGAGAAGGAAAAAUGAGAGAAAUAGAGAGGGAGAGAGAGAGAGCGCACGCAUAGGAGGGAGACGAUGAACAAUCCUCCCUCCCCACCUUUUUGACCCUUUGACCUUGCUAUUUAUAAGGGGAGACUUUCCUUUUUUGCCUUAUAACACUUUUACCUCCCAAGCCUUGCCUAAUCACACUUUUAACUAUUAUUAAUGAUUCUUUGGUUGUUUUCUUACGGUUUCUUCUUGGGAAAUGCAUCAUGGCUCGGGACCACUUUUGAAGUUCGCUCGCCUAGGCCAAAUGACCAAAAUACCCCUAGGCGACUAAUGAUCGAAAUAUCCCUAGGUGGACGCUAGGGAAUUCUAUGGCACAACAAUACCACGAUUAAGCCCAAGUAGUCAAUCUAUAUGCUAGGCCCAAGUCUUUCUAACAAGCCCAAGUCUCUUAAUUGAUGUGAUAUAUGAUGUCACCCUUCAUUUGUCCUUUAUAUUUGAGGGUGUUUUGUCUUUUAUAUAUCAUUGUGUUUCAUCAUCAUGAUUUGCUUUGUCAAAAGUGAUAUGAUGAUGUUUUUCUACUUUAUGUUUUUGGUGUGUUUCAUCAUCAUUAGUCCUAUUUUGUUGAAAGAGGCAAUGGUGUUGUCUAUUUUUUUUUUUUUUUUCAUUAUUAUCCUAAACCAUCCGAGUUUCGCCCGACUAAUUUCUAAAGCGGGUGACCUUCCCCCCGGAUGCACCCCCAAAUAAAUCCGAAUGCAGACACAGCCUAUACACACUCGGAGUGAACUUUCAGGAAGCGACUGCCCUUCCCAUGGAUCUCCCUUUACGACAUGUUGUCUAUCUUUAAUUGUUGUAAUUUGUUAACGAGACUAGUAUUUAUAUUUGUAAUUUUGUAAUAUUUUAGUAUAAAUAUUUUUAUAAAAAAAGUGUAAAGAAUAUUUUUACCCUAAUUCUUAUUUAAGCAAUUCAUUUGUUUUAGACGAAUUUA